GUCUGCCACAGGGUUAUCAAGAUGGGUGCGUACCGGUAUAUUCAGGAAUUGUACCGCAAAAAGCUUAGCGAUGUUAUGCGUUUCCUCCUUCGCGUCAGAGUAUGGCAGUACCGCCAGUUGACUCGCAUGCACCGUUCCCCCAGGCCUACCAGGCCCGACAAAGCCAGGAGGCUAGGAUUCCGUGCCAAGCAAGGUUACGUGAUCUUCAGAAUCCGUGUGCGCCGUGGAGGCCGCAAGCGCCCGGUCGCCAAGGGAGCCACCUACGGCAAGCCCAAGAGCCACGGAGUCAACCAGCUGAAGCCCACACGCAACCUGCAGUCCAUCGCUGAGGAACGUGUUGGUCGUCGUUGUGGAGGUCUCCGUGUCCUGAACUCAUACUGGGUUGCCCAGGACUCUUCCUACAAAUACUUUGAAGUCAUCCUUGUUGAUCCUUCACACAAGGCUAUCCGCCGCGAUCCUAAGAUCAACUGGAUCGUGAACGCCGUUCACAAGCACCGUGAAAACCGUGGUCUCACAUCUGCUGGCCGCAGCUCCCGAGGUCUCGGCAAGGGCCACCGCUUCUCCCAGACCACCGGAGGCUCCCGCCGCGCCGCCUGGAUCAGGAAGAACACCCUGCAGCUGCGCCGCAAGCGAUAAGCAUAGACUACGGACUGUCUAUGACUUUCUAUUUGCUCUUAUUGAUUAUUUACAAAUGGAAAGCCAAAGGCUAAUAAAAACUAUCUUCUAA